UUUGGGGAUUUGGGGAUGAGUUGCUUACCCUGUUGCGGAUCCCGGGAGGAGGAGGAGGAGGAGACGAAGGGGGGGAGUGGUGGUGGGGGGAAAGGGGGCGGAGAUCUCAAAAAGGAGGCUUCGGGCGACGCGUCCUCUCGCCGCGUCUCGAGGAUCGGAUCGGACAAAUCGAAAUCGAGGGGCGGUUCGGAUUCCAACAAGGAAGGAUCAGUACGCAAAGAUGGUAGUAAUACCCAUAUUGCAGCACAGACUUUCACUUUUCGCGAGCUUGCUGCUGCUACUAAGAACUUUCGGGAGGAUUGCCUUUUAGGUGAGGGGGGUUUCGGCCGCGUGUAUAAAGGACAUCUGGAGAAUGGGCAGGUUGUUGCUGUGAAACAACUUGAUCGAAAUGGUCUUCAAGGAAAUAGAGAGUUUCUUGUGGAGGUCCUCAUGCUAAGUCUUCUGCAUCACCCUAAUCUAGUCAAUCUGAUUGGUUACUGUGCUGAUGGUGAUCAACGCCUUCUUGUUUAUGAGUUUAUGCCGUUGGGAUCAUUAGAAGGUCAUCUUCAUGACGUUCCGCCUGAUAAGGAACCUCUUGACUGGAAUACACGGAUGAAGAUUGCUGCUGGUGCAGCCAAGGGAUUGGAGUACCUUCAUGAUAAGGCGAAUCCACCAGUUAUUUAUAGAGACUUCAAAUCAUCGAACAUCCUUCUUGGUGAAGGAUACCAUCCAAAACUGUCAGACUUUGGGCUUGCAAAGCUUGGUCCAGUUGGUGAUAAGACCCACGUCUCAACCCGCGUCAUGGGAACGUAUGGUUAUUGUGCUCCUGAAUAUGCUAUGACUGGGCAGUUGACGGUCAAAUCUGAUGUUUAUAGCUUUGGGGUUGUCUUUCUUGAACUGAUUACGGGGCGCAAAGCAAUCGACAACACCCGCCCAACUGGAGAGCAAAAUUUAGUAGCAUGGGCGCGCCCUCUAUUCAAAGACCGAAGAAAGUUUGCAAAAAUGGCCGAUCCAUUACUUCAAGGCCAUUUUCCCAUGAGAGGCCUGUACCAAGCUUUAGCGGUUGCUGCGAUGUGUCUACAAGAGCAAGCCGCAACCCGCCCCUUAAUCGGAGAUGUCGUGACUGCUCUCUCUUACCUCGCAUCACAAACCUACGACCCAAAUGCUCAUAACAAUCGAACUGGUCCAUCGACACCACGGGCUCGCAGCCAUCACAGAACCAUCAGUGGUCAGUCCGAUAAUAGUCACUAUACUGUGAAUUCACCGAGUCAGAAUUCUCCAGAUGUGAGGGGAAGUCCACUCCGGAUGGAAAGGGCUAGAGACGCUACGAGGAAUGUCAAUCGGCAGCGAACUCUCGCGGAGACCAAAGAGAAUUGGAGAGAGAGAAAGCGGGGAAGUGCGCCAGGAAGCUUUGAUAGCACGGAUGAGUAGCUUCGUGUUUGUUUUUAUUAGAAGCCCCUUUGGAUGAAUGUAUUUGGGUUUGAUUAUUCUCAUAGCAGAGAUGAGUUAUUUGUCGGAACUCGGUGAGUUAUUUUUUUUUUCUUUACUUUGUAAAUAAUAACUGCUGCUCCAUAAUUGUUUUCGUUCAUCAGAAAAUAGGUACUCAUAUAUGUCAGGUAUGUUCUGUGUGCAACUGGUUGCACUUUGUAUGUAGAGCUUUCUUAAUCCUUCGAGUACGAGAGAACAGAUGAAAUUUUUGUCCAUAAGUUCUGAGCAAGAGUUUUCUUUAGACAUCA